AUGUGGGAUGAGGAGGUGGUUCAGAACCAGCUUCAACCAGCUUCAACCAGCUUCAACCAGCUUCAACCAGCUUCAGCCAGCUUCAACCAGCUUCAGCCAGCUUCAACCAGCUUCAACCAGCUUCAGCCAGCUUCAACCAGCUUCAACCAGCAUCGAACAGCUUCAACCAGUUUCAGCCAGCUUCAACCAGAACCACCAGCUUCAACCAGCUGCAACCAGCUGCAACCAGCUUCAGCCAGCUUCAACCAGCUGCAACCAGCUUCAACCAGAACCACCAGCUUCAACCAGCUGCAACCAGCUUCAGCUAGCUUCAACCAGAACCACCAGCUUCAACCAGCUUUAACCAGCUUCAACCCGCUUCAACCAGCUUCAACCAGCUUCAACCCGCUUCAACCAGCUGCAACCAGCUUCAACCAGCUUCAACCAGAACCACCAGCUUCAACCAGCUGCAACCAGUUUCAGCCAGCUUCAACCAGCUUCAACCAGCUGCAACCAGCUUCAGCCCGCUUCAACCCGCUUCAACCAGCUACAACCCGCUUCAACCAGCUUCAACCAGCUGCAACCAGCUUCAACCAGAACCACCAGCUUCAACCAGCUGCAACCAGUUUCAGCCAGCUUCAACCAGCUUCAACCAGCUGCAACCAGCUUCAGCCCGCUUCAACCCGCUUCAACCAGCUACAACCCGCUUCAACCAGCUUCAGCCAGCUUCAACCAGCUUCAACCAGCUUCAGCCAGCUUCAACCAGCUUCAACCCGCUUCAACCAGCUGCAACCAGCUUCAGCCAGCUUCAACCCGCUUCAACCAGCUCCAACCCGCUUCAACCAACUUCAACCAGCUUCAACCAGAACCACCAGCUUCAACCAGCUGCAACCAGCUUCAACCAGCUGCAACCAGCUUCAGCCAGCUUCAACCAGCUUCAGCCAGCUUCAACCAGCUUCAACCAGCAAACUCUGA